GUUCAGUUGAAACCGGCGGUCGCUCGCGCUUCUGCUAAUUGCACGUAAAGCUUGGAACUACGCUUGAAUUAUAAAUGAAAAGCUGAACAAAAAACAUUUUGAGCGCAGUUUGCACAAAGUAAUAAUUGUUGUCAGUAUUGCAUCAAGUGCUGUGUAAACCAAAUAAAUAUUAAUUAAAGCUAUAUAAAUUAAAGCUAAUGCUGUGCAGUGUUGCAAAUGUGCCAAUAACUGUUUAGAACAAUUUUGCAAAUUUUUAAAAAUAUAAUCACAAAGCUAACAAUAGUAUUGAGCCAAAAUGCCAAAUGCUACGGAAAUAACAAAUGGCACUGACUCCAGAAAGCCAUUCAAAGUCAAGGACGUCACGCGCAACAUUAAAAAAGCCGUCUGCGCCGCAAGCCUAGAGGAGAUACGCACCAAGGUGGCCGAGAAAUUUGACAAGUGCGAACAGCAGCCGACCAUCCACUUGGACUCCGAUGGCACCGAAAUCGACGAUGAGGAAUAUUUUCGCACCCUCGAUGAGAACACCGAGCUGGUGGCCGUAUUUCCUGGAGAGCAUUGGAUCGAUCCCACUCACUACGUGACUAUAACCACGCCGAAUGCCACGGCCAAUGGCAGCAUCACUGGCAACCCGGAGAGCGGCGACACCACGGAUGCCAAUAACUCGGAAUCGGCGCGUAUCCGGCAGCUGGUUGGCCAGCUGCAGAAUAACUUGUGCAACGUUUCGGUCAUGAACGACGCUGAUCUGGACUCGCUAUCCAACAUGGAUCCCAACUCAUUGGUGGAUAUAACUGGCAAGGAAUUUAUGGAGCAGCUCAAGGAUGCGGGCAGACCCCUUUGUGCCAAACGCAACGCUGAGGAUCGCUUGAACUUGUUGAAACUGCUGAAGGCUGGCGCAAUUUUCUGCUCGGAACGCUAUCCGGAAGAUGCGGAGGCCAUUGAUCGCGAGAUUGGGAGGCAGCUGAACGAGGCGGAGAGCGGUCAGGUGACCACAACAAAUGUUAGCAACUCUCGCACCAUCGAGGUGGUGCAGUGCGACAAUCAGAAUACCACCAUUACCAUAACCGUUGCCGAGGCCACAACCACAUGCAGCACUGUUGAGGCGUCUUCUCAAAACAACGAAGUCAAUGCCAAUUCGAACGGUAAUGGUGAUAUCUGACUGCCCAUCCUGGGCAGCCUUAGAUAGAGCCUGGCUGCCGGGGAGUUGCCAAAUUAAGGCACUUUUAUCAAACAUUGUUUUACACAAAUAAAAAAACGAGGAGAAAAAGAGGAAGACGAAAACGAACAGAAGAAUCAGUCCUGCAACAUUGGGUUAACAUACACGUAUUUCUAGCAUAUACUUAGGCGCUGCGAGUGGCCAAACGAACAGAAUUAAAAAAUCUACAUCUUGAAACGUAAAAACGAAAUAUUCAGAAAUGCUUCAUAGAAUUUAAGAGCAAUUGAAAGUUAACGAAAUAUUGUACUAGCAUAAAAAUCAUAAAGAUCAACAGGUUAUAAAACCAAAUGGCGAAAAACUUCGGUGCAUCAUUUAAAGAUUGCAAAGUUUAAGCAUGGAUUCAGUAGACCUCUAUCUAUAUUCUACAAACAGCUUGGAGGAAGAUAAUGCAUUGACAGCAAUUACAAGAGUUGUUUUUAUGAUAGAGUUUCUAAAAUGGAUUCUGAUUUUUUUUUAUAUUGAGUGAAAUAUAUUUCGUUUAAUUUGGGAGGUUGAAAUCUUUCGCUCCUAAAGUUAUUUAGUUGAAAAUGUGGGUGUUUUUUAAAAAUCAACUGUAAUUGUUUUUAUUUAUUUAUUUAUUUUUUUAUUUGAAAAAAAAAAGAAAAAAAAUUGCUGUAGAAGCAAAAAUAUCAUGUAUUGAAUAUACAUUUUAAAUAUCAUUCCACAUUUUGUGGUCAGAGCUUGACUAGUUUUCUCCUUUUUAGUGAAAUUUUCAUGAAAAAAAGUGUGUUUUAUUUCAAGGUUGAGUAUAAAAUUUUUAUUUGAAUUGAGACAUUCAAUAUCGGCGUUAAAACUUAGACGCAGAAUCAGACUGUGGCGUAAUUAAUUCUAUCAACUUCAGGAUUCUUAUCCAUGUUAAGCUAAAACUAUUUGAGAACUGUAUUUAUGUUAAAUGUCUGAAUCUAUAUGACUGUUAAUAGAUAUAUGACUCUAUAUAAACUUCUAUAAAUCUGAGUUAACACCCGUUGGGCAUUGAGCAAAGCUAUAAACCUUUAUUAAUUCUACAACUGUCCAACUUCCAGUGGGCCAGUCCAAGGCUUAAAAUUAGUUUCAAUGCCAGCAACAGAAUAACUUGGAGAAUACUUUUCAACAAACUUUAGCUAUAACAGAGUAAACAAAAAUCAAUUGUUGCCAACCGCUUAACAAUGGGGCAUAUCAGAUUUUUAAUUCAUGAAUGUUGAAGUUCUAAAUGUAUUUACGUAAUGCGAAUGUCAAUUGAGCCAAAGCCAUUUACAAAGAUCUGCAUAAAAUUCUGGCUCCGAAUCGGCUGGAUAUAUAGAGUCAAUGAAUACAUGCUACUGAAUUCAUAGUAAAAUCCAACAUGAAUCUAUUAUUUGCUGAUCAAGUUUUUUGCCAAAGUCGAAUCAUGUCAGAAUAAAUGAAAAUAAUUAAUAGAAAGGAAAAUCAAAAAUAAACGACAACAAUAAAUAUAUAAACAAUUGCAUAAAUAUAUCAUAUGAGGUAGUAAGAGACGAGGAAACUAUAGGAAAAUAUCAUGUUCAUUAUUAUUGAAUAAUUGUACGAAAAAAAUGGUUUUAAUGUAAUUACUAUGAUAAAAUAUGAAUUAACAUUUUGAGUAGUUAGAAUGAGUAUUUGAAGAUUUUUUGCUGCUUGGACAAGUUUUAGUAAAAAGUUGCGAUGAAGAUGAGUAUGAGGGAAUAAAUUUUCGAUUUGUAUUCUUUUUUUUUAAUUUUAUACAACUUAUUUGGAGUAGUUAGAGUUUGAAAUGAUGUUGAUGUAAACAUUUUCUUAUUGUUUUACGGUUGAUAAUAAUUGAUAAUAAUUAUUAUCUUUUGUAAUUUUCCAUAAAUAUUAUGUUCGUAUUUAAUAUAUUAAAUGUGUCUGGAGCAAUUAGUUAUUGGUUUUCUUGAUCAUUAGCGUGAAUGCUUUGCUCUUGAAAGAUUUUAUUCUCUUUAUAUGUAUAUGUAUAUCAAAUAUGAUAUAAUGUUAUGUUCUGCCAUAGCGAUUAUUGAGGUUAAUAAGAUGUUUAAUUAGUAUAAGCACAGACGCACACAUAAAAUUGUUUUUAGACUAAUGCCAUUGAAAAUGUCAUUUGUUGAAGCCAAUUGAGACUGAAUGUAUUUAUGUGUAACAAUUAUUUGAGGGUAUGAAACAAAAUAGAUUGUAUUUCGAAAUCGACCUGGUUUAGAAAUUGCUUCAAGUGAAUCCCCCACAAAGAAUAUUGUAGCGUAACCAAAUACACACACACACACUCACACACAAACGUAAAGAAUUUAACAACAAACUCUUAAUAUUAGUAAAAUUUAACAAUAAAUGCAAACGAGAAAUGCAAUUACACUCUUAUAAUCAUAUACAGAAAUGAAAAAAAGGCAAAUCAAAGGCAAAUUACAAUAUACAUAAGCAAUAAAUAUACCGAAAUCAAAGAUAAGAGAAAACUUAAAAUUAUAAAAUAUACAUAGUAACUGCAUACACCAAGCAACAAUAUACCUAAAUAAAAGCAUAUUAACAAAAGCAA